AUGGAGCACAAACGCCGCCCCGCGCCCGGUGCGGAGCUGCCAGGGGCCAAGCGCCCCCGCGGGGCCUGGGCCGAGGAGGACGAGGUGCCCGCGUCCCAGUUUGAGGAGGAGCUGGCGCUGAUGGAGGAGAUGGAGGCUGAGCGGAGGCUGCAGGAGCAGGAGGAGGAGGAGCUGCACCUGCCCCCCGAGGGCGCCGAGGGGCAGUUCUCCCCAUCCGCCCGGGACGCUCGCUGGCUGCGGCCCGCCCGGCCGGGCCUGGAUCCCAAGACGCAGGCCCUCGUCUUUCAGCAGCUUGAGAUCGACCACUACGUGGGCUCCCCGGUCCUGCUGCCGGCCCCCGGGGCCCCUGAGGCUGUCCCCAUCCUGCGGGCCUUUGGAGUCACGGACGCCGGAGUCUCCGUCUGCUGCCACGUCCACGGCUUUGCCCCCUACUUCUACGUCCCCGCGCCCACUGGCUUUGGCCCCGAGCACCUGGGGGACCUGCAGCGAGAGCUGAACUCUGCCGUGAGCCGGGAGCAGCGAGGGGGCAGGGAGUUGAAGGGCCCCGCUGUCCUGGGGGUGGAGCUCUGCACCCGCGAGAGCAUGUACGGCUACGUGGGUCGGGGCCCCUCGCCCUUUCUGCGGGUGACCCUGGCCCUGCCUCGCCUCGUGGCCCCCGCCCGGCGCCUGCUGGAGAGCGGCAUCCGGCUGCCCGGCCUCGGCUCCCCCAGCUUCCAGCCCUACGAAGCCAACGUGGACUUUGAGAUCCGGUUCAUGGUGGAUGCCGACAUAGUGGGAUGCAACUGGCUCGAGCUCCCCGCGGAGAAGUACCAGCUGAGGACGGAGGGGAAGGCCACGCUGUGUCAGCUGGAGGCGGACGUGCUAUGGUCAGAUGUGGUCAGUCACCCUCCGGAGGGGCCGUGGCAGCAGAUCGCGCCCCUCCGCGUGCUGAGUUUUGACAUCGAAUGUGCUGGCAGGAAAGGCAUCUUCCCGGAGCCCGAGCGAGACCCCGUGAUCCAGAUCUGUUCUGUGGGCCUGCGCUGGGGGGAGCCAGAGCCCUUCCUGCGCCUCGCCCUGACGUUGCGCCCCUGCGCCCCCAUCCUGGGCGCUCAGGUCCUCAGCUUUGAGCGCGAAGAAGACCUUCUUCAGGCCUGGGCCUCCUUUGUGCGCACCAUGGAUCCCGACGUCAUAACCGGCUAUAACAUCCAGAACUUUGACCUCCCGUAUCUCAUCUCCAGGGCGCAGACCCUCAAGGUGAUCACAGCAGCAGCUGCCCUGGGGGCGGGCGGGCUGCUCAGCCACCCCCCCCCCCCCCCCCCGCCCCCUCCCCGCACACUCCGGCCCACCCACAGAAAUCCUGUCCUCCUCACCCCCUGCUAGGUCUUGCUUCGCGAGCACAAGCUUCGCUCCUAUACCCUCAAUGCCGUCAGCUUCCACUUCUUGGGAGAGCAGAAGGAGGACGUGCAGCAUAGCAUCAUCACUGACCUGCAGAACGGGAACGACCAGUCCCGCCGCCGCCUGGCCGUGUACUGCCUGAAGGACGCCUUUCUGCCCCUUCGGCUUCUUGAACGCCUCAUGGUCCUGGUCAACGCCGUGGAGAUGGCCAGGGUCACGGGCGUCCCCCUCGGCUACCUGCUCACCCGGGGUCAGCAGGUCAAGGUCGUAUCCCAGCUACUCCGGCAGCCUCCAUCCAUGUUUUGUCCUCCUUCCCCGGGUUCCAGCCUCCAUCCGUGU